ACCCAACCGUCAUCACCGCUGCAUAUAUACUAACCGACUCAACCUACAGCGAAAGAAAGGGCACUCAACAUCAGGACGCAUCAACCAAGGACUCAAGUACACAAGCAUUAGAACAACAGUGCCCAUUCAACACAUAAUCAGCCAUGGAGGACCCAUUCAUUCUUAUCAAAAACGAAGUACUGUCAUCUCUCAGCAAUGCAUCACAGCUCUUCGAAAGUUGGCGCCGUAUCCUCCAAACCGUCACCUCCGCCGAAAACGAAGAGCUCGUGAAGACCAAGGAAGAGCUGCUCGGGAUCCUUGGCAAUAUCGAACAAGAUCUCGAAGACCUGGAUGAUGCCGUCAAGGCGGUCACGGAGAACCCGCAGCGAUUCAAUCUGACUACGAGAGAGACCACGGCCAGGAAACAGUUUGUGGAUCAGACAAGGCGAAAAGUCCAGGAUAUGAAGACCACUCUGGAGAAACCCGUUAAGAUAGGAAGCGAUCAGCUGGAUCGGUUGGCGUUAUUGGAAGGGGCAGGAACUUCGAGUCCGCGAGGAUACCAGAAACCGACGAGGAGGGAAAAUAUGAUGUACAGCAACACCAAAUUCAUAGAACAGGAGGCAUUACAGCAACAGAUGCUGAUGCAGGAGCAGGACCAGCAACUGGACGGCGUUAUGCAUACGGUCUUGAAUAUGAGGGAGAUCGCAACGACGAUGAACGGUGAACUGCAGGAUCAAUCCAUGCUACUUGAUGAUCUGGACGAGCAUGUCGAUCGGACCUCUGGCAGCUUGCAAAAGGCCAUGAAGCGUAUGAACCAUUUCAUCAAACAGAACGAAGAAUCCAAGUCGUCGUGCUGCAUUGGCAUCCUGAUAAUGGUCCUCAUCAUCCUGCUGAUUAUGAUCAUCGCAUUAUAGAAACAAUAUAAUACCCUAUUUUUCU